AUGAGUGCCGUUGUAGAUUCCAUUUCUGAGGUAGUCACUUCUUCUUCUCCUGCUCCCAUCUCAACCCAAAAUGUGGGAGAAGGUGAAGCUGACGUCAGCUCGAUCCAACCUAUCACUAUAGGCAGUGGCGACAAGACCAAUUUGAUUCCUUCUCCUUCGACUACCCUGGGCGAUACUUCUGGCUCAACAUCUGCUUUAACUCGAAUCAUCACUCCAUCGUACGAUCAGUCAACCUCAGGACACAAUCGAAGAGUAUCCAUCUCCACAGCUAUGCCUUUGGUUACUACUUUCACUCCCGAGCGAAACAAUCACUUAUACCACUAUGAGGAAGACGGGGAACCUCAACCAUCUGAUUCGGAACCCUCAGAUAUCGACCAUUCAGCUGAACCUCUUCUCAGCCCAUAUCAACCUGUCAAUGCCGAUAUCUCGAUCGAGAGUAAAGCUACUUCGGGCUCAGAUAUGAUCUCUACUCUCUCUACUGAACCACCUGAUCUUUCUUUUGGUCCUCAAUCUGUCCCAUUUCCCCUUCGAAGACGAGGUAUCCUCAUCGACGCACAUAGCACACCUAGUCGACCCUCCUCUCAGUCAUUCACCCCUAAAUUCAGAACUGCCGCUACUCCACCUGUUGUUAUACGACCUGCCUCAACGGUCACCGAAAAACCUGCUCCUUCUGUAUCACCGAUUCAAGCUGUCACUCAUACUCCAUUAGUAGUCGCUAGCUUUGACAAUGUCGACAUCGAACGCUUCUCCUCUUGGAGGCGAGAACAAAUCAAACUUGCUCGAACAGCCAAAUUGAUGGCUGGUACCACCCCAAGACCCAUUCCAACUUUACAUGGACCCUUGUCCCUUCCAUACGCUAGAAACCCAAGCGGAGUCGAUGCCACCGUCCCUGACGAGUCAGCUUACCUUUCUCACGUCUUCGGACUUCGAGCUGCUCCAGGUACCACAAUGACGGACAACAUGGUCACAGCCACCCGCGUUGUCUCUUCCGGCACUCACAGCAGUGGCACUACUGGCAGCCGUUCAGUCUCUGGAUCCAGUGGUACCGGUAACGCCAGUCAGAAUCGAAGUAUUCUUACUGAUGGAAGCAGUUAUUCUUCUACUGGAGGCACUCACUACUCUAGACCUUACGUCAUGAGAGAUCCGAAUCAGAAUAUCGGCAUUAAGAUCAAAGGUAUACCUCCCAGAGAAAGUCCGUCGUUAGCUAUCACUAAGGAAAACAAACCAGGAAACAUCGAAAUCAACCAAAAAAACAAAUUCAGUAGCGAUUCCAACAAUGUCAACUCAGACGAAAAUAAAGAAAAUGUUGAUCCAUCUCCUGGCAUCCGCCCACGAAGAGCCUCCGAGACAUCUCUUCUCGAACCUAAUCUUGGUGACACAGUCCUUGGUCCUUCUAAGUCAUUCGUGAAUCUCCGAGACAUGGCCGGUCUGUCUCCUAUACCUGGUUCCCCCGCUGAUAAUGCAGCGGCUGAUCCUUUCGGCAUUCUCUAUAAUCAAGCUCUCACAUCAGCUACAGGUGGUUUCCUUCCUGACCAGCUAGAGAUCAGUUCUGGUGCUGCCCACCCAGUUCGUAAUCUUCCCACCAAUAUAACAUUCCUUUACAACCCAACGACCAUGGCAUACGAAGCCUCUACCAUACAGCCUCGCAAAAGCUCGUACGAUGACCUGCACGUCAACACACCUAUAGGUGUCGUGACUCCGCAGAUCCUAAAAGAAGUUCAUGGCACCUCUAAUCAUCCUAGUAAGGCCGAUUCGAGCGAGAAUUGGAGAAAAAAAGGCGAUUGUGCUUCUUCUCCCGUCAAGUCAAGGACGGAAAGUGAUCUCGGCACUUCAGCUCCGCCGCAUCAAACCAAUUACACGUCAUCUAACAUCGAUGUUCGAGACACUUUCAUGACUAUUGACAGCUUAUUUGAAAAAUUCACUCAUACGUCUGAUCAGGUGGAGACAGCUGGAGACAAACCCCCUUCAACAGUGCCGUUUAAUCCACCGUCUAUGAUAGCCGAGUCAGUAAAAUUGACGAACUCAAAGCCUUCUAAGAGCAUCCCAGUAUCUCCUCGUAAGACAUCGGUCAACGUCCUUGGUGAGACCACCAGGAAGCUCAACGUCAAUGCUGCGCCUUACUCGCCUUCCAAGUCAGACAGAGGUAGUACCUCCAAUAAACACCGGCCGUCGUCACCUGUCGGUAGCAAAACUGCCGCUACACCAGCUCCCAUCAAGAUGAAGACUUCUUCGGCGAAAGGUACCCCUGGAGCGGGUAAGCUGCUGAAAAGGGCCUCAUUGACCUCUGAAGGAGAAGAGGAGAAUUCUUUCGCUUCUCCAUCGGUCCCAGUGGCGAUCAGUAAAGCUAAAAGCAGAGGGAGAAGUGGAAAGAGGUGA